GUUUACGUGUCGGGCUAUGAAAGCAAAGAUGAAUCAUCACCGCCCACACAUACAUGGAGGUCCCACAUAAAAAUAUGAAUAAACUAAAAUAAAAUAAGAACAAAAAUAUGUCGGUCCACACGUAGUCACACAAAUAUCAGUCUUUCCGUUUACAGUAAAUAUCUUCUUCUUCUUCCACAAUGACUCACUCUUCCCGAACCUUCCAGAUGCCCAUGGCAGCACUCCAGCUAACCACUCUCUUCUCUUUCCCUCAGAUAUUUUUGGUCCUUAUAAAAACAUACACUCAUCUUCAUGGCUCCUUGCUUCUUUGCUUUCUUCUGUCAAUAACAACCAGGGACUUCAAGUGUCAGAUUCCAAGAGCUCGGUGGCUGUUAGCUUUGUUGAUGGAUUUUGAUGUAUUUGCCGUUUAGCUGAAUUGGGAGUUUUUUAGGUGAAGAUAAAUGGAGACUCGUAAGGUAGGGUCGUCAUCGUUGUCUUACUAUGCCCUUCUUGGUAUUAGUUCAGAUUCUUCCGGUACAGAAAUAAGGAGAGCUUAUCACAAGCUUGCUUUGCAAUGGCAUCCAGAUAGGUGGACAAGAACUCCUUCCUUGUUGAGUGAAGCCAAACAGAAAUUUCAGCAAAUUCAAGAAGCCUAUUCAGUUUUAUCAGACCACAAGAAAGAACUAUACGAUGCAGGGCUGUAUGAUCCUGAUGACGAAGAAGAUGAGGGCUUUUCUGAGUUUAUGGAAGAGAUGGUGUCUCUCAUGACUCAAGUGAGGAGGGAGGAAAAGGGUUAUUACAGUAUGGAGGAGUUGCAGAGCCUGUUUGCUGAGAUGAGUAAUGAAUUUAAUCAGUCAGCUUCAUGGCGUUUUGGGGCCUCCAUUCUUGAAGAUCACUGCUCUAAGAGGAUCCGUUUGGACAAACAAGGCAGAAUCUAACAUGAAAGAAUCAUUGCCAGUCUUCUUCCCAGAAGAGGAGGGGAGUGAUCUGGUUUGGUUGCUGAUGAAUUUUGCUCAAAUGGGAUGAACAACGUUAAGAAGAACAUGUAGCUUUUGAGAGUGACUGAGAAGUCAGAAUCCUGAAAUGCAUUGUGAUUGUGCCAGUUUUGUUGUUAGAAGAGGACCAACUUUUCAAUUCCGUGUUUUGGUUUGGGUUUGACAGGAUGACACAACUGGGUAGUCAAUUGAAAGUUGGGAUUUUGGAGUGCUUGCCUGUUUUGAGUUAUGUUCAUUUCAAAUUUUCUGAUUUGGUCCACAGUGUAUUGUGCGCACAAAAGGUUAAGGGGAAAUAUUUUUGGUUCAAA